AUCUCUUGACAUCUUUAUCCCCUCUUAUCCUCCCCACUCACUCAACUUGUAAUCCCAUCAUCGUACUCUUCUUUCGGUACCCCCUAAUCCCUAAUUUGAGAAACUUCUUUUUAUCACAUCAUGUCAAACUUCCCACACUCCACGUCGAUAAGUGUCCCCCUCUCCACUUCUCCUUUCGCGCUUAAUCUCAGAUUGGGUGAUCUCAUCGCCCAUUCUAAUUCAGACCAAAGAAGAAUGUCUGAUUCUGAAGACGGUCCUUCUGGUCAAAAUGGACGUCAAAUUCAACAUCGUUCUUCUAACCUUUCAAAUCUCCCCACCGACGCCCUGAUCAAAAUCCCACCAAACAAUUCUUCUGAACCUAUAAUCGAUGAGACUUUGUUAUUUGAAGGUGAAGAUGAACAAGAUGUCGACGAGAACACACCUCUCACUAAAGGAGUCAGAACACGACGACAGAGUGAGAGAAGUAAUCGUAGUCGACUUUCCUAUGGGACCAUCAGUACGCCACUCAGUAUGAGAAGGAAAUCCGCAGCACAUCAUGGUCAAUCUGGAACAUCAAGAUCACGUUCUAAAGCUCGUACACCUCCUAGAAAACAACCUAUAAGAGAAAGCGCAAGUAUUGAAUCUUCAGAAGGAGGUAUCCCUACUUUUGUUUCUCAGCAACAAGAAGAUGAUGUAUCGUCACCGGAGACGUUACGUGGUAGAAAUGUCACCUCGAGACCGUUGAGUAGGUCAAACUCAACGACGGAUAUUAUAAAUGAAUCCACGUACUCCAACCUCUCUUUCAGGAAUGAAAACAUGGGAGCGAGUACAAAAUAUACAAGUACAGGAGAUUCUUCAGGUGAUGAAGAUGAAGAUGUCAUUCGUGAACUUGUAGGAAAUGGAGGAGAUGUAUUGUUUGGUGGUAAGAUGGGAUUAGGUUUGGUAGGAGGUGGAAUGGAUAUUGAUCCUGCUGAAGAAUUGGACGCUCAGGAUUUAGAAUUACCUGUAGGGGAUGAUGGAAGGGAAGUAAGAGUUUGGACAGAGGCUUUAAGGGCUGAGAUCCCUUUGAUCUUGAGAAGCUCAAUUCCUGUGUUUUUCACACAGAUAGCAGAAUGGUCUUUGGUAUUGGCGUCUGUGGUGUCGAUUGGGCAUUUGGGAACUACAGAAUUGGCCGCUGCAUCAUUGGCAUCUAUGACAGCAUCAGUUUCAUGCUUUUCCAUCUUACAGGGUCUUGCUACCGCUCUUGACACCUUGUUGCCCGCAGCUUGGACAUCUUCUGAUCCAUCUCGGGUUGGUUUGUGGACGCAGAGAAUGUCGGUCGUCAUGAUCAUCUCUACCAUCCCUAUGUAUCUACUAUGGUGGAAUAUCGAAGGUAUCUUACUCAUGCUUGGUCAAGAGGCCGAUGUAGCUAGACGAUCAUCAACUUACCUACGAUGGUUAUCUAUUGGUAUCCCAGGUUACGGUGGUAAUGUUAUCAUCAAAAAAUAUCUUCAAAGUCAAAAUCUCAUGCACAUACCGACAUACGUUUUGUUUAUUGCUGCACCUAUCAACCUUUUGCUCAAUUAUUUAUUGGUUUGGGGACCAGCUCCGUUUAGACUUGGGUUUACGGGUGGAGCAUUGGCUACUGCUUUGAGUUAUACUCUUACAUUCGCACUGUCGACUGGUUGGGUAUUGUUCUAUGGACCAAGAGAGGCUUUUCAUCCUCUUACAUCCACACAUGUGUUUUCCAAACUUGGGACCGUCACUUCGUUAGGUUUAGCAGGGACGAUUAUGUUAUCAUCCGAAUGGUGGGCAUGGGAAGCAUGCGCUCUCGCAGCUUCUUUACUCGGCCCGACGACAUUAGCAGCUCAAUCCGUUUUACUCAGUACGGCCUCUACGUUCUGGCAAGUUCCAGGGAGUCUGGGUAUCGCCUCUGCGGUUAGAUGUGGGAAUCUACUAGGAGCUGGUAGAGGGUGGGAAGCUAAGUGGGCGAGUAGGGCGAGUUUAUUCUUGAGCAUAGCAUUUGCUUUGGUCAAUAGUACAAUCUGUAUGGCUUUCCGUAAGAAUUGGGGAUACUUAUUCAAUUCUGAUCCUCUGGUAGUGGAUUUGGUUGCGCGUAUCAUGCCAUAUAUAGCAUUGUUCCAGGUAGCAGACGGAAUGGCAGCUACAUCCGGUUCUGUCCUUCGUUCCCUCGGUCUUCAUACAACAGGAGCGUUGAUCAACCUCACAUCUUAUUACAUCUUCGGUCUCCCUAUAGGUUUAUUCCUAACUUUCAAUCCCACGUUCGAUCUCGGUCUCGCAGGUUUAUGGUUAGGGUUGAGUAUAGCUUUGGGAUAUGCAAGUACCUUGAGUUUGGUACUUGUUUGGAGGGCGGAUUGGCCAAGAGCUGUUGAAAGAGUAAGGGAGAGAUUGGGAUUGGUAGGACAUGGGGAGUUGGAAGAUGGGAAAUGGGUGAAUGAAGUGGAUGAUUAUGAUAGGUUGUUGGAGGGACAAGAAGGACCCGUGACGAGGAUAUGAAGGGAUCUCCUUCUUUUCAUUUGUUCCAGAAGGACUGUCCGCAGGGGAAAGGCAGGAGGGAUGGAUUCAUCGAAAGAAGAUAAUUGGAAUAAAUUGGAAAGAUGAGGUCCAGUGUGAGUGGAAUCAUAUGAAGAUAUGGAUUUCGAAAGAUUUGAAAGUUUGAAGAUAUGAGGAGAGAUUUGUAUUUGUAAGUUGGACGAAUCGAAGUUCCAAGUGAAACCAAAACAAAGUGGGUGGGUGAGAGAGAGAGAAAGUAAGAAAGAAGAAGUGCUUUGAGAAGAAAUCAUCAUGCGUAAGGAGAGGGAUGAGAAAAGAAUCAAAAAAAAUAUCAAAAUCUAACUUGCUAUGUCUUCAACAAUAUCAUUUUACAGGAUCAGAUCUCAUAUUCUCAAAACGAAACAAAAUCAAAAUUGUACCCAUAGAAUGAUAUUCAUACUGUGCAAAUCAUGUUCAUGCAUAUUAUACAUCG